ACUCCUCUUUCUGCAUCCCGCAUCCCUCACUCUUCAUUCAUUCAUUCAUUCCUAAUCGCGUCUUUCCUUUUCCCCCUCCCAGCCAAUCAUUAUUCUUUCACAUCACUCCGCCGACCCUCAUUCCCCAUCAUAAACCACCACUUCUCAACCAAACAAACUGCACGCCCUUUUUUUUUCUGCCGACUCGAACAUACCUCUGAACCCCUGCAGAGCUGGAACCAAUGCUCCCUUUCACACCCUCAACGUUGUACAGGCGGAUGGAUGCCACUCGAAUAGCCCGCGAGGUCGUCAAAGGCAUCCCCGCUGGCCUGGUCAUCUCUCUCAAUGCCUGGGCGGUGUCUGCCUGGCUAAAAGCAACGAUCCUGAUCAACUCACAGCCGCGCUGGCUCUUCCGCAAGAAACGCUGGAGCGAAGGGGAGAUGCGUGCGAUCAGCUGCUAUUACCUCGUUGUCGCCUACCUCAUGCUCCGGGUCGUCCGUCUCACCUCGGCCCUCACCAAGCGGCCCGGACGGCCCUACGGCGACUUCUUCCGCAAUACUCGGCCAAUCCUUGGCAAGAUCGCUAUCUUCUCACUCGCCACCAUGCUCAUGGACGAGUUCGUCAUGUUUUAUAUCCUCCGGAAAUUUGGGCUCGAGAAACGAAGGAUCUUGAUCACAGGGCGACCGCUCGAGAAGGACGAACAUGGUCAUGUCCAGAUGAGCGAUGAUGACUGCUGUAUCUGCUACGGCGCCAUGUUGGACUCGGAGGACGACGAGGAUUUACUGAACCAGGCAGAUCCGUAUAUGAACGGGAGGGGAUUGAAUAGAGAUACGGACCAUGUGCUCGAGAACUUUUGUACGGUCAGGCAACAUGUGGCCCAUCGUGGGUGUAUCCGCAAAUGGUAUAAUUAUGGGCCGAAGGGCUAUCGGCCGAUGGAGGCAUUCAGGAUCUUUAAUUGGGGAACGACUCUCCAUGGAGCCGUUGCAGGAAUAGGAAGGGCGACGCCUAGAGCUAUGGGCAAUCGGAUCGGGCUCGGGUGGUUGCUGGCGUUACCGGACAACAGAGCCGAGACUGAUAGGAGAUUGAAUGUCAUAGCAAGAGUAGGAGCCGCGAGAGCGGCUGGUGCUGCGCAUGCGCACGGGCCAGCCGAGGAGCAGGAAGAUACCCGUCGGACAGAGUCGGUUGGAGGGGCAACUACAGCGAUUGGAACGCCGACGAUGACCCAACAAAUAGAUCAGCAGCAGGAUGCAGGAAUGGAAGAGCUACGGGAUACUACUGCCCAAGCACAGCAGCCAGAGUCAGAAGAUGCAGCGGAUGCUGCAGAACCUGUGCUACGACCCUUGUUCCCUCAGCAGGAUGAUCUAGACACACUCUCUUCGCAGAACGCAGGACGCAAGACGUGCCCCGCGUGUCGUCAGCAGCUGAUCCUGAAUUUUGUGGACCUUGCCAAGGGGCGGAAAGAGAUGGGGUAUUUGAAAAAGCUGCAGGAUCUCGGACGGGACAUGACAAAGUUUUCGGAUUGGAGAGGAUUGAUCCUGAGGAGUUUGAUUACGGCGGGAUGGGUCGGGGUGACGAUCGUGGGAGGCAAGCUAAGGAUCAUGGCGAUGGAUAAGGCCAUUGCGAAGCAUCAGAAGAAUAGGGCUUUGGCGACACUUUCAGCGUUGACGACGGAAAUGUCGUAGGACCUAGACAGCUUAGACACACAUUACAGUACCUUACAGACAACUGGCUUUUCGAGCUAUUACCUAUCUUGCCUAUCUUUAACACAUUUAUUUGUAUUUUGCAUAGUAAAAAAGAGUAGAAAAAUAUAUGAAUCCCUAAGAAUUACAGUUUUUUACAUUAGCGAAAAAAGAUGAGUAAGGCCGAAUACUGGCCAAAGUAGUGUCUGUGCGCACGCGGCCUUUUUUGGGCUAGAAAUAAAUAGCUGUGGC